AUGGAUAGCUUCAUGAAGGAGUCACAGCGACACCACUCAGCAGCUUUGGUUACAUUGACUAGGAAGGUUCUCAAACCGAUCCAGCUUUCGACCGGUCUAUCGAUCCCAGCUGGUUGCCAAGUAUCGUACAUGACCGAUGCCGUCAACAGGGACCCCAAACGUUGGAGCGACCCUUUCGAAUUUGAUCCUCUGCGAUUUUACAAGCUCCGGAAUUCACUGGAUGAGGAGUCCCAAAAAACAAAACUUAAUUACUCCUACUCAGGACCCGACCAGCUAAACUUUGGCUACGGAGUUCAAGCCUGCUGCGGUCGAGUCUACGCUGGGUGGACAAUCAAGAUGGUUAUUGCAGAGUUAGUGCUCAAGUAUGACUUGAAGUUGAGCGAGGGUCCUGGUACGGGUGACGUGAAUAGGAAUUUCACGGUUAGAAGCCAGAGGAUUGGCAACCCAAAGGCAAAGAUCUUGGCUCGCCGGAGGGCGGUCUGA